UAAUUUUGUCGAAGCCCCGCGGUAGAUUGUGAAUCAAGCGACUAGAGAGCAAUUAGCUAGCUAGCUAGCUAACGACAACAACUAAUAUGCUGGAACAAGAAACCUCUCAAUAAUAAAAAGACAUUUUGAAGCAGUGUAGGGGACCCACCUACUGGGCUUCGCAUGCUUGGUACACACAAGCUAAGCAGGACAGCUAACGUUAGCGUUAGGUGAUCCGUGGGGGCAUUGCUAAUAACAAACGUUAGCAUGCACUGGAAGGAGUCUUUUGGGGUGGAUGCAAGAUUGAAACUGUCUGAAUCAACGAAAAACGCACCAUCUCGAAGGCUGAGGUAACAGUGCCACCAUGUACUCGAGCCCAAACAACCCAAUGAAGUCCAGCUGCAACAGCAGCAGCAGCAGCAUCACUGAGCUGCUGGGUGCCCUGUGUGACUGCAGCCUGUCUGGGGUGUCAUGGAAACGCCGUGCCCUGGGUGGAGUCUCAAGAGAAGGUUUCCGCAGAGCUCUCAAAAAAUGUGCCUAUGGCGCCCUGCUGUCUAAGCUAUUUCAAGAUGACACCAAAGGGUCUGCCUCAGGACCGAGUGCCACAGCUAAUACACCGCCCAAAAACAAAGUUCUGAUGAUAUGUUUUGACUUGCGGGUGGCAGGGUGCCGAGAGGAAGCGGAGCGUUUGGAGGAGCAGCUGGGGAUGCUGUUGGAUGGAGCAUCCUCUGGCCUAAAGGAAGUAGACGCUGUCCUUGAGCUCUUGGUACAUCUAGCUGGUUCGGCACCUCCACCCCCUACCUCUUUCAUUAAGGACUAUAUGAGACGAGAGAGGCCUGUGCUGCGGAGGCCUCAACCCUGGGGCUACCAAAGCGAGGAGCUUCAGAGGCUAGAGGCCCGGGCAUGGAGUCUAGUGUGUGGAGAGGAAUGGGGGACUUUAGAGAGUUUGUGUGGAACUCAGAAGUUGAUGGAUGCUCCUCCAGGCACAGGACUGCUGGCUCUGAGAACUAAAUUAGAAGUGGAAGAAAGAUUUGAGAGGGAGACCAGGAUGACGCUGUUUGGAGCACUGCAGCACACUCGCACCUCAGACAUAGACAUAAGACUGGACCUGCCUCCUGUUCCCAGUAAUAUUGAUGUAACUGGGCUGGCUAUACGGGUCCCCCCAUGUAUAGAUCAGUCUGAGGAUGAGGGUUUCCAGUCAGCUUCCAACAUGACCCCAGACUCUCAGUCAGAGACCAGCCCCAUUCCAGACGUUGAUAUAUGGGAGGCUCUUCGCACGUUUGAGCCUGGAAGACGCCGCUGCUGGGAGUCUGUUGGCUGCCCACCAGGGAAAAGAGAGUCACUCUAUCUAACAGAGGGAGGCAGGGAGGCCUUUGACCAGCUCUAUCGUCUAUGGGAGGGGGAGAUGAGAGUGGUCAGCACUGCUACACCUUCUCCUCUCCUCCCGCUGCCCCUGGACUCUCAGGCACUGCUGGUAUUUGACCUCCUCAACGUCUUGAUCGGAGUGGCGUCCACGACCUUCCCUCUCAACCAGAGCGUUCAGUUUGAUGUCAGACCUGGUGUGUGCGUGUCCGGAGCCUCUCCAGAGAGUGUGUCUCGUCUCUUGGGGGAGUUGGCCCAGUAUGGCACCCACUACUUGAGGCUUAGUCGCUUUUCUCUGCCGAGUGCUGGAAAAAAAGGCCUAGUCUUUCAGGCUUUUACAGGUGGUCUGCGGAAGUAUCUGCAUUACUACAGGGCUUGCGUUCUCAGCACUCCACCCACCCUCAGCCUGUUGACUAUUGGCUUCCUCUUCCGCAAAGUGGGCCGCCAACUGAGGUACCUGUCAGAACUGUGCUGCGUAGAUGGGCCUUUGGGUGCAGGCCAGGCUACCUUCCCUGUGGGUGUUAAACUGCUGUCCUACCUGUACAAUGAAGCACAGAAUAACUGCAGCAACGAGAACUGCGCGGUCCUCCUGUCGCUGCUGAAGAGCAGCUGUGAACCUUAUACACGGUUUGUGUCUGACUGGGUGUAUAGCGGCGUGUUUCGGGAUGUUUAUGGAGAAUUCAUGAUCCAGGUUAAUGAGGACUAUCUCGUCUUCAGAGACAAACACUUCUGGGUCCAAGGCUACACUCUGAUCUCAAAGGAUGUGGAGGAUUGUGUGCCCAUCUUCCUGAGAGACAUUGCCAACGACGUGUAUGUCUGUGGAAAGACCAUCAACCUCCUUAAGAUCUGCUGCCCGCAGCACUACAUCUGCUGGUCGGAGCUGCCGGUGCCUCGCAUUGCUGUCACCUUCUCCCUCCGGGAGGUGGAGGAUAUCGAGAGGGACUGUGCUGUGUACCGCGGACGCAUGGAGCGGGUUGCUAAACAUAGCGCCAUCAGCAGGGAGGAGCAAGCCCAGCGAGCAGAGCAGGCACGCCAGGAGCUGAUCAAUCAGGUCAGAGAGUCAGCGGCCAAAACCCUGGAGAGCAUCCGCGGGCGCCAGGUGUCACAACGUCUGGCUGAGGAGGCCAAGAAGAGGGAGCGUUUUAAGGAGCUGAAACAGCACCUGGAGCAGGAGCAAGAGUGGCGAAGUGUAGCCACAAAGAGGCAGGAGGAGGAUGACUUCAGCUUUGCCAGAGAGCUGAGGGACAGAGAAAAAAGACUACAAGCCCUCGAGGAGCAACUGGAGCAGAGAGCCAGGAAGGAGCUGAUAGCUCAGUACAGUCGUCUCUCAGAGGAUGCCGCUCGCAGAGAGAGACGGGCCAUGUGGCGGGUGCAGCGAAUGAGACUUGACGUACCCCGGACUCAGUUCUUCAUGCAUGACAGGCAGCAGACUCAGGCAAUGCUAGAGAAAUAUCCUCUAGGCCAGAAGAGACCUCCCAUGAAAGUGUUUCCACCUGUUACCUCAGCACAACAGAGUGCACUACAACCAUCACUGGAAUCUCCCACUCAGCAUAUGUCUGAGCAGCAGCCAGCAGAGACUCAAGAAUCUGAUGGUGUAUCACCUGACCCAUCUUCACCUACUCUCACCCACCUUACAGUAAACCUCGCACUCAUCUCUGAGAACAUUGACAUCAAUGAUUUUCUUCCUAAGUCACCAAAUCCUACCAGUCAGCAGGUGGACAUCGCCCUACAGGAGAUUGGCUCUGACCUACCUGAAGUGUGUCCUACGGCACAGCUAGUAGACUAUGACUUCAGUGCCCCCUUUAGUCCACUUGAAGGUAUCACGGGUCAAGCCUCAGUCCAGCCCCGACCUCGCUGGGGACCUGCUGUCCAGCCUGACUUGAUCCAAAACCAUCCCUCUUUUUCUCACAUCCCCAUUGGAGAGAACAUGUCUCAAGUCCAGGAUUGUCUCCCCAAAGCCAGCCCCUUUGGCCAAGCCUCCAAAUCCAGCUUGACUCUAGGCCAGUACACCCCAGAGGAGCUUCAGAAUACAUCUAAAGCAAGCAUUUAUGGACAUCCUUCUCAAGCCUCAGUGCAGCUAGUAGAUGGGAGUGGCUCUAUGACAGACAACAAGCAGGCAGAAGUUGCAUCUAUGAUCAUUGAAAUGGGGAAUUUAGAAAGUAAAGAGGCAAAUAAAGACAAGGGUAACUCUGUUGAGGCUACAAAAGACAAUGAUGUGCUUGAUGCAGCUUUGUCCACCACACGAGAAGAAAGUGGCAAGGAUAAUCGUCAUUACAAAGCAGUGACAAGUCUUUCUGACUGUGGUGGGAUUGAGCCACCUGAUGCAAAUCCUAAAAGCACUCAAGACCGCAGCUCAGAUGCUCAAGAUAAAGAUGGUGAUAAUAAUUACUUGCCAAAUGUUCAUCUCCCCAGUGCUCACCUUAAAGCUGGAGAGCUGGUUUUAGAUGCCGUUGCCCAGCAGUCUUUACCUAGAGUCCAUGGACAUUCCUCUGAUGCUCGCGUAAAGGUUGGACAACUUGUAUCAGAGGUAACUGCUCUUCUUCCAUCCCCUAACGUCCACGGUCAUGCCUCAGAUUCCCAUAUAAAAAUUGGAGAACAUAUUUUGGAAGUUGAUGCUUCUCUACCUUCCUCCAGUCUUCACAGUCACUCUUCUGAUGCUCACAUUAAAGUUGGGGAAAAUGUUUCAGAUGUAGUCGCCCCUCUGUCCUUUCCAAACGUUCAUGGCCACAGUUCAGAUGCCCACAUUAAAGUUGGAGAAAAUAUCUCAGAUGUUGUUGUGCCACUUCCUGCUCCCAGCAUCCACGGUCACUCCUCUGAUGCUAAUAUAAAAGUGGGCGAAUUUCUGUCUAACAUACCUGAAGCAAGACCUCGUGAGAGUAAACAUGGGCAUGCCUCAGACUGCAUGCUUCAAUCAGGCUGUGUGGUGUCUGGAACUGAACCCGCCUUGUCUGCUCUACCUGGAAGCUCUUAUGGUCACUCCUCAGACUCAGGGUUAGGUGGUGGAUGUGUAGUUUCAGGAGAAGAACCCAAACGUUCUCCUCUACCUGGCAGUGCUUAUGGUCAUUCUUCAGACUCGGGGUUGGGAGGUGGAUGUGUAGUUUCAGGAGAUGAACCCAAACGUUCUCCUCUACCUGGAAGUGCCUAUGGUCAUUCUUCAGACUCAGGGUUGGGUGGUGGAUGUGUAGUUUCAGGAGAUGAACCCAAACGUUGUCCUCUACCUGGCAGUGCUUAUGGUCAUUCUUCAGACUCAGGGUUGGGAGGUGGAUGUGUAGUUUCAGGAGACAGACCCAAGCGUUCUCCUCUACCUGGAAGUGCCUAUGGUCAUUCUUCAGACUCAAAUUUAGGCGUUGGAUGUGUUGUGUCCAAAACUAAACCACUUCCAUCACAACUACCCGGCAGCACCUACGGCCACUCCUCUGAUUCAACCCUGGGGGUGGGUUGUGUGGUGUUGGGGACAGAGCCACAACCCUCUGCACUACCAGGCAGCACCUAUGGCCACUCAUCAGAUUCUUCACUCGCAGUUGGGUGUGUGGUGAAGGGCAAAGGCAUCUUAAAUCAGCAGAAGACAGACGACAAUGAAGAUGGUGAAGGUUCUAAGUCAGACAGCCCUGGUGAGCAGCUGGUUGAGUUCAUGGGGUCCUGGGCAGCAGGCUUCGGUUUGUCCCCUGGAGAAAAGUCUGAGCAGGAAUAUCUCUUGGCUUUGUGUGCUCAGUACGAGGUGGAAAAAUACGAAGACUGCUACAACCUAAUGGCUUCAUCCCCCGAGUGUCAGCUGCUGAAGCAGGUAACUCGGGGACCCUGGGGCCUUCCUAUGGACCCCACACUCCGCAGAGCCACAGACACCACUGUUGUCCAACUCAGCGAAAUGGUUUCUCUGCCAGUUCUGAUAAAACAGGCCGUCACUACCCCAUUGAUCACACAUGUGUCAUUGGUGAACAAGGCGGUGGUGGACUACUUCUUUGUGGAGUUGGGGGUGGAGAGACACUUUGAGGCGCUGCGCCACUUUCUGCUGAUGGAGGAUGGCGAGUUUGCACAGUCCCUCAGCGAUCUGCUCUUUGAAAAGCUGGGCAGUGGCCAGACUCCCGGCGAGCUGCUGACCCCCCUGGUCCUGAACUCCAUCCUCAGUAAGGCCCUGCAGUACAGCUUGCAUGGGGACACCCCCUUAGCAGGUAACUUUACCUUUGCCCUGCGCUUCUUCCCGGAGACCUUCCACCCACACGCCCCCGAUUCUCUCAACUGUCUGGAGCUCCGCUACAAGGUGGACUGGCCGUUGAACAUCAUCAUCACGGACAGCUGCAUGAACAAGUACAACCGUCUGUUCUCGUUCCUGCUGCAGCUCAAACACAUGGUGUGGAGCCUCCGCGAGGUCUGGUUCCACCUCAAGAGAACAGCGCUGGUGAAAGGUGCAGGUCGCUCGGUGCAGUUUCGUCAGCUGCAGCUAUACAGACAUGAAAUGCAGCAUUUUGUCAAGGUGAUCCAGGGAUACAUCGCCAACCAGAUCCUGCAAGUGUCCUGGAGCGAGUUCACAGCCAAGCUGGCCACUGCCAACGACGUGGACGCCAUUCACCGCACACAUGCAGACUACCUCAACAGAGCCAUCUUCAGGGGUUUGCUGACAGAGAAGGCAGCUCCGGUCAUGAACAUCAUCCACAGCAUCUUCAGCCUGAUCCUCAAGUUUCGGGCCCAGCUGAUCGCACAGCCCUGGGGCAGCCAGCAGGGGGAGGCAGUGCACCCAAGCUUUAUUGCCAUGCAGCAGUCGUACAACACCUUCAAGUAUUACUCUCACUUCCUUUUCAAAGUGGUGACCAAGCUGGUGAACCGAGGCUACCAGCCUCAUCUAGAGGACUUCCUUCUUCGCAUCAACUUCAACAACUACUACAAAGACUCCUGAGCUGUGUGCUGGUGUGUAUGUUGUACAUGAGCUUAGUGUGAGUACUUGACAUAAUACAGGCCAUUUGUUAGAUACUUAUCCAAUGCACUGUUGACAUCUUAGAGUCCCCUGUAUCUAUCUGUAAGACAGAUAAUCAGAAAUAUAUAAUACAAUAAAUGUUAGUGUCUAAAAUACAUUCAGAAACCCACCUCUACUUUAUAUUAGGCCAUGAAUUUGAAAUUAAAAUUGUAUGCAAAGUUUAUGCAAACAAUGUGCAGGAUUUGAACUACAUAUGUGUGCUUAAUUAAUGGCUAAAACUGUAUGCUGCCAAAGUUUGUAAUUGAGAUGAAGCUGAUGCCUACUGUAAUGUCUCACGCUUACGUCUGCCUCCAGCUAUGUAGAUUUUAAGGGCAUAUACUGUAAAUGAAGUGUCAAUUGCAUGUAAAUACAAUUGUUAAAUAAAUGCGCUAUGUUCUUGUG